GCCUACUUCCUGGCUGCCGUGCCUGACCCCUGGGGACCAUGGACAUUGAAGCUUAUUUUAAAAGAAUUGGUUAUAAGAACUCUAGGAACACAUUGGACUUGGAAACAUUAACUGACAUUCUUCAGCAUCAGAUUAGAACUGUUCCCUUUGAAAACCUUACCAUGCACUGUGGAGGAUCCAUGGAGUUAGGCUUACAGGCAGCUUUCGAUCAAAUUGUGAGGAAGAACCGGGGUGGCUGGUGUCUCCAGGUCAAUCACCUUCUCUACUGGGCACUGACUAUGAUGGGGUUUGAGACCACAAUGUUGGGAGGAUAUGUGUAUAACUCACCAGCCAAGAAAUACAGCAGUGCUAUGAUCCACCUUCUGGUACAGGUGACCCUAGAUGGCAGAAGCUACAUUGUUGAUGCUGGGUUCGGACGCUCCUACCAGAUAUGGGAGCCUCUGGAGUUAAUUUCUGGGAAGGAUCAACCUCAAGUGCCUUGCAUAUUCCGCUUGACAGAAGAAAAUGGAAUUUGGUACCUAGACCAAAUCAGGAGAGAACAGUACAUUCCACACCAAGAAUUUCUUAAUUCUGAUCUUCUAGAAAUGGAAAAAUACCGGAAAAUCUAUUCCUUUACUCUUGAACCUCGAACAAUUGAAGAUUUUGAGUCCAUAAGUACUUACCUUCAGACAUCUCCAGCAUCUGUGUUUACAAGUAAAUCUUUUUGUUCUUUGCAGACACCUGAAGGGGUUCACUGUUUAGUGGGCUGGACUCUCAGCUAUAGGAGAUUCAGUUAUAAGGACAAUGUAGAUCUGGUAGAGUUUAAGACACUGAAAGAGGAAGAAAUAGAAGAAGUACUAAAAACUCUAUUUGGUGUUUCAUUAGAGAGAAAACUUGUGCCCAAACAUGGUGAUCGAUUUUUUACUAUUUAGAGUAAGCAUCAGCAGUAGACUUCCAAGUAUUAUAUAUAAUUAACUUUUGUCAUCAAAAUUUCAAAUAUGAAAAGUAUGAUUGAUGGAAAAAAUAGUCCUAAGAAUUUUCAUCUCUUGAAAAUAUCAGAUAAUGGGCAGAAUACUCAAUGUGACUAACUUUAUGUUGAUAUUUGUGAACUAAGCAACUACAUCGAAGACAACAAUGUGUAAUACCAAAACCAUGCUUGAAAUACCUGU